AUGGCGUUCGUUUUAGUAUCAGGAAAAUCCACCAAAGCACAAUUAGUAGCCAUAGCAGAUGCAGCUUCGUUGUACUGUGCUAUUUUCAUAUUGGGUUUGCUUUUAAUUAGCUCAGUGAAAGAGAAUUAUUCAACUGAUGGAGAUGGAGCCGUCAUGAAAGGGAACCACUUCCUGAGCAGACCUUGUGAUGAAAUUUAUGUGGUCAGAGAAGGAGAAACGUUACAUACGAUUAGUGAUAAGUGUGGUGAUCCUUUUAUUGUUGAGGAGAAUCCACAUAUUCAUGAUCCUGAUGAUGUUUUUCCUGGUCUUGUAAUCAAAAUCACUCCUAGGAACAGAUCAUAG